GAACAUUUUACGUAUUCAGCAUGUUUUAGGGUAGAUAGUUUCGAUCUGCACGGAAAGUCCCUGAGCAUUCUGGGAUAACUUAAUCAUUGAAACAUGGCGAUGCACGUUCCUAAGGCACCGGGCUUUGCCCAAAUGUUGAAAGAUGGUGCAAGGCAUUACAGUGGCCUCGAGGAAGCAGUGUACAAGAACAUUGAUGCCUGUAAUGAACUGGCCAAAACAACUCGGUCUGCAUACGGACCCCAUGGUCAGAAUAAGAUGGUGAUCAACCACCUGGACAAGCUGUUUGUGACGAAUGAUGCUGCAACAAUCCUGCGUGAGCUGGAGGUGCAGCAUCCCGCUGCCAAGAUGGUGGUGAUGGGCUCCCAGCAGCAGGAGCAGGAGUGUGGAGACGGCACCAACUUCGUCCUCAUCUUCGCUGGGGCACUCUUGGAGAAUGCAGAGGAACUUCUCAGAAUGGGUCUCUCUGUGACGGAGGUGAUCGAGGGCUAUGAGAUUGCAUGCAAGAAGGCGCUGGAGUACUUACCAGACUUAACAAUUGGCGAAGUGAAAAACCUCCGAGACAAGUCUGAGGUGAAGAAAGUAGUCCGGACUUCGGUUAUGAGCAAGCAGUAUGGCAAUGAGGACUUCUUGGCAGAACUUAUCACAGACGCAUGUGUCUCCAUUCUACCUGAGAAGAGCGCCUUUAAUGUUGAUAAUGUUCGAGUUAGCAAAAUUGUGGGUUGUGGCGUGACACAGAGCUCGAUAGUUCAAGGUAUGGUGUUCAAGCGCUUGGUCGAGGGAGAUGUCAACAAGAUGACGAAGGCCAAAAUAGCAGUGUACUCCUGUCCCUUGGAUGUCAUGCAGACUGAAACCAAGGGAACAGUUCUCAUCAAAACAGCACAAGAGCUUGUCGAUCUCAGUAAGGGAGAAGAAAAUAUAAUGGAGGCACAAAUCAAGUCAAUAGCCGACACUGGAUGCAAUGUUAUUGUUACGGGAGGUAAAGUGGGUGACCUUGCCCUUCACUACUGCAACAAAUACAAGAUCAUGACUGUGAGGUUAAUGUCCAAGUUCGACCUGCGUAGACUCUGCAAGACUGUCAAUGCAACAGCUCUGCCCAAAAUUACCCCACCAACAGCAAAGGAAACCGGCUUCUGUGACACUGUGUAUGCAGAUGAAAUUGGCGGCACACCUGUCAUAGUGUUCAAGCAAGAGAAGGAAGAGAGCUCCAUUUGCACCAUUGUGAUCAGGGGUUCCACGGAGAACAUCAUGGAUGACAUCGAGAGAGCUGUCGAUGAUGGAGUCAACACCUUCAAGGCUCUGACAAAGGAGGCCAAGUUGGUGCCAGGGGCAGGAGCUACCGAGAUUGAACUGGCCAAGCAGAUCACUACAUAUGGAGAGAGUUUACCUGGCUUGGAGCAGUACGCAGUGAAGAAGUUUGCCGAGUCCCUGGAGGCUCUACCAAGAGCCCUAGCAGAAAACACUGGAGUUAAGGCAACAGAAGUGCUGUCGAAACUGUACGCCGCUCACCAAAAAGGCAGCAAAACCACUGGUGUGGAUAUAGAAAGCGGCGGCCCAGCAGUGUUUGAUGCAAAGGAGGCAGGGAUUAUAGAUCUGUACCUCACAAAAUACUGGGGAAUGAAGUUCGCUUCAUCGGCCGCAUGCACUGUCCUGAAAGUAGACCAGAUUAUCAUGUCAAAGCCAGCUGGAGGCCCGAAGCCACCGAAACAGAACCAAGACUGGGAUGAAGAUUAAUGACAUCCUCCUUCAGCGUCAUGCCAUCAGUGUGCAGCAUCUCCAUCUUGUCCGCAGUGUCUCAGGAUGUGACUGUGAUAAUCAAUCUGUACGAGGACAGUAUCCAGUGUAUGGUGUGUUGGGGACCUGGAUACAUUCAGGCCCCUCCAGCUAAUGGACUUCUUUCAUCAAGAGUGCUAUUUCAUUGUUAAGAUACCAAAUUUAUUUUGUGACUAAUGAUAUUGUCAUUAGACACGUCACAUGAGCCGCGUUUAAGUUAUGAAACAUCAAUGUUUUGUCUGCUUUUUAUACUGUAUGCUAUAAACAAAUACCUCUCGAUCAA